CUCCAGGUGCGCGCGCGAGUUUCUUGUCCCUCGUGUGUGAGAAACGCGCCGAGAUUGGCCUUGAGCGUGGGCAUUGUGCGUCUCCGGCCACAAACAACAACCAGCUCGGAUAUCGGAUGGCUUAAGUCGGACACAGGACGCGCGACUCACUCAAGUGUCGCGCGCUCGCCGGAGUUUCCUGUUUCUUCAUUAUUGCGUGUAGUUAUCGUCGCGUGAAAUAUCGAUUUCAUUGAGUGUGUGGUACGCGCACACGAAUCUCGCCUCCUCGGGAGCACCACGGGUAGUGGAAGAAGAAGUCACGGCCCGCGGAUCGCGUACCGCGCGACCGAACGUGAACCAUUCGCCGCGGAGCGUCCCGCAACGCACGCUCGCGACCCAGCCGUGAUUUUUAUUCCUAUUCCGUGUGCUUACCGAAGCCGCAAGCCGCCAGGCGCUCACUGUCUUCAACUUGUUCAGUUUAUGUUCAGUUCCUCGGCGUUGUUCCAGCGAGAUGCUUGCACGUAGCAAUGCGCACGACGCUCCAAUACCGACGACAAUGUGAUUUUUUGCAAUUGUCGCAAUCCAAGACGCGCUAAAGGACAUUCGACAAGAAAAUGUAGUUGUUACCACUAACAACUCACUCCAUUCAUCGGAUAAAAUGGAUAAAUAUUGCAUAUUCCUAUUGAUUCUAUUUGUUUGCGAUGCUGCGCCGGAGGAAGAAACCUCCACAACGCUGGAAUCCUUCCAUCUCAACUCCGACACGACGCCGUCGUGUGAAUUAAAGGAAACCUUCCUCGGCAGUAAGAAAAUCUACACGUGCACGAAUGUGUCCGGCAGUUACCUGGAGUCCCACUCGCACCACACCAAUCGGUCCGAAUGGUUCCACUGCUCGCAGUGCACCCUCGCGACGCUCACCGAGCGCACCCUGCACCGCUUCGAACCAAAGAACCGCAUCCUGUACCUGAACGUAUCCGCGUGUCGCGUCGACGCUAUCGCCGACUUUGCUUUCCGUGAAAUACCCAAUCUCAAACUGCUCCUGCUGCGUGAUAAUAAUCUCACGAAUCUUACAUCUGCUACGUUUCAUUCACUGCGCAGAUUGUUGCAACUAGAUUUGUCGCGGAAUCAACUUGAGGAGCUUGUGGAUGACACCUUCGUCCACUUGGGAGUGUUGGAUAUUCUGAAUUUGAACUUUAACCGGCUGCGAACGCUGCAGCCGCGCGCGUUCGCCGGCAUGAAGGAGUUGAAGUACCUGUACUUGAGUUACAAUCGCAUUGGGAACGUCCAUCCGUACCUGUUCAAGGACCUCAUCAACUUGAGGAUUCUCUACGUGGAGUACAACCAAAUCAAGGAGAUAAGUCCGUUGGCGUUCACGAAUCUCCAGCGGCUGCAAUACUUGUAUCUCAAUCAUAAUACGAUUGAGUUUUUAUCCGAGUACAAUUUCAAGGAGUUGGGCGAGUUGGUGGAUCUGCAGAUGCGUGGUAAUGCAUUGAACGAGAUCUGCACGAGCGCAUUCAAUGGUCUGCGCAAACUAAAGUUCCUAUAUCUUGGCGAUAAUAAUAUUUCCACGCUGGCGCAGCAUUCAUUCACCGGUCUUGACUCGUUGACCAUUCUAGAUCUCACCAACAACUCGCUGAGUAGUUUUUCGUUAGAGUUUCUGGUUGACAUGCCGGAACUGCGGGGCUUGUGGUUGGAGAAUAAUCGGAUUGAAGCGUUACCAAUCGCGCGCAGUAAUAAAACUCACCGCAACUUGGCUAGCUUUGACCUGAAACAAAAUCGGUUAGAUUAUUUCAAUUACAAGAUGCUGCUGAAGCAGCUCGAGUGUUUGGAGGAAAUCUACGUGGGAGAGAAUCGGUUUAAGUGUGAGUUUUUCAUGCCGAUGUAUGAUUAUUUCGAAGAGUCGAAUGUCACGCUGUGUUUGGACGCGCGGUGUGAUAAAAAUAACACCGUUUGGUAUACGGAAAAACUGUGCAGGUUAAGCUAUAAUGCCCAACCGGAUGAUAACGCGAAUGUUGAUGAAGUUUUGAAUGGCGGAGAUACAACGGGGAGAAGUUUUUACAUGCACCUGACGCACCUGAUUUAUUGUUUAGUUUUUGUACGAGUAUUUGUAGGGAAAUAAAGCACUUUUCUACCUCCUGAAAACAAACAA